UAUUCGAGAAAGAAAGAAAUAGAGAUUGGAUUAUGCAAAGCUUUAAUCCACAAUUUGCUCAACUGAGCUGACCCCUCUUCCUUCGUCUCCUUCGCUACCAUCGAAGAUUGAAUCUGCAAGAAAUAAUCUCCACAGGAGUAUCUCGACGCCUUUCUCAUAUUUCUCACUCAGACAUGGCUGCGAAUUUCUGGACCUCCUCUCAUUUUAAACAGCUUUUGGAUCAGGAAGAGGUGGAUGUGGUGCACCCACUGGACAAGGAGAAAGGCAUCACUGUUGAAGACUUGAAGCUCAUCAAAAUGGAAAUGGCCAAUUAUAUAUGGAGAUUGGCUACGCAAGUGAAAGUGAGACAGAGGAUUGUAGCUACUGCUGUUACAUAUAUGAGACGUGUGUAUAUCAGAAAGAGUAUGAUUGAAUAUGAUCCACGUCUUGUAGCUCCAACCUGUUUGUACCUCGCGUCAAAAGUAGAAGAAAGUAUAGUGCAGGCCCGACUUCUUGUAUUUUACAUCAAAAAGCAAUCCUCAGAUGAAAAGUACAGAUAUGAAAUCAAGGAUAUACUUGAAAUGGAAAUGAAGAUUUUAGAAGCUAUUAACUACUAUCUGGUUGUAUUUCAUCCUUAUCGUUCAUUGUCUCAGCUUCUUCAAGAUGCAGGACUGAAUGAUAUAAACAUGACUCAGUUAACUUGGGGACUUGUCAAUGACACAUACAAGAUGGACCUUAUACUCGUUCAUCCCCCACAUCUUAUUGCUUUAGCUUGCAUAUAUAUUGCUAGUGUGUACAGAGACAAGGAUACAACUUCAUGGUUUGAAGAGCUUCGCGUGGAUAUGAAUGUGGUGAAAAAUAUAUCUAUGGAGAUAUUAGAUUUCUAUGAAAACUACAAAACUAUUGCUGAGGAGAGGAGGGUUGGUGCAUCCCUAGCCAAACUUGCUUCGAAACCAUAGAUGCUGGCCACUACUGCCUCUUGCCAAGAAGUAAAGUACUUGUGUUAUUUGCAACCACCAAGGUCGCUUUCUGAGUCAUUAUUGGAUACGAAGUAAAAUCGUGAUCAUGAAGAAAAAUGAUAAGUAUAAGCCAAGCCAAGCUAUAUUGUGUAAAUCUGCUCUUUCUCUAGGCUUAUUCCUAUUAGAGCAAGCCUAUUAGUCCCAAAUCAUUUAGCUUCAAAUCAAAUGUACCUCCACAUUGUGACAGUCACUGGUUAUUGGGGGAGUCAGUAUUGCAACAUUUCCCCUAAUAAUUUUAUCAAGUGUCACUAUAAUAUAUUUAAUAUGUUGUAUUUAAUUAAACCUUAUUUCAGUU